UCAAAAGUACCAACUGUUCAUUAUUGUGACGCUGCAUUCUCGUAUAUGAGAAUGUGUGAGAAAAAACUUAAAGUCGUAAAUUUUACUGUGAAAAGUCAUGACAUCGAAAACAUUGUGUAUAUGGUGAAAAAAUGAGGCGAAUCGUGUCGUGACGUCUCGAAGAACUUGUGCUCGACUAAAGAACAUUCGGGAUUGAUUCUCGCCGAAAUAGUCGUGCGUAUCCCAAUGGUUAUGGUCUCACACUAUAACCUAUACCGUAUGUGCGAUCCUUGUAUCAGCUGAUGAGUUCGAUGUAAUUACGCGCACAACAAUUGAAUUUUCAAAUAUUUUCUCUGCUACGACUCGUCAGAAAAAAAACCUUGCCAUGGCAGAUCUCGCGUUAGGGGAGCUUAGUGGCGAACAGACUGAAAAAGUACUGCAAUUUCAGGACCUCACUGGUAUCGAGGAUUUAUCAGUGUGCAGAGAUGUUUUGCAGAGGCAUAAUUGGAAUUUAGAAGUUGCAGUUCAGGAACAAUUAAAUCUUUAUGAAGGAAGGCCGUCUAUGUAUGCACAAGACUCACGUGCCCGUCCGCCACAGGUUGUAGAUGAGACUAGUUCGAGAAUUUAUUUUAGUUAUCCUGGAAGUGCCAGUGGAGGUGGCGGUGUCGUUUCCUAUUUUCUUUCCAUGUGUUACAAUGUAGUAAGCGGUUUACUACAACUACUUUUUGCAUUAUUUAGGAGGAACCUUAGACCUGUGCCCUCUGAUCCAGUGGAAGAUGUAAUCAACUUCAUUAGGACUUACAAAGAACGAUUCGGUAACACUCAUCCAGUAUUUUACCAGGGCUCCUAUAGUCAAGCUCUUUCAGAUGCAAAACAAGAAUUAAGAUUUCUGCUAGUAUAUCUGCACAAAGAUGAAUCGCAAGAAGUUGAACAGUGGUGCAGAACUACAUUAUGCGAUCCUGAUGUGAUCCGAUAUAUAAACACACAUACUUUAUUUUGGGCAUGUAACGUUAAAUCUGCAGAGGGCUACAAAGUUGCGGAAGCUCUCAAAUCAGGUUCUUGGUUUCCCUUUCUGGCGCUUAUUGUGCUGAAGGACAAUAGAAUGACAGUAGUCGGUCGAUUCGAAGGUACACCAUCUUCUUCUGACUUAACGUCACGUUUGCAAACGAUUGUAGAUCGUAAUGAGAUUAAUUUGAUCCAAGCACGUCGAGAAAGGGCAGAACGCAGCGCGGCGCAAUCGCUUCGACAACAACAAGAUCGCGCUUAUGAGGAAUCGUUACGCGCGGAUCAAGAAAAGGAUCGUAAGAGAGAAGAGGAGCGAAGAGCGCGAGAGGAACAAGAGGCUCGUGAGAAGGAACAGCUAAACGCGCAGGAACUAGAGAUCCAGCGCAUACGACUUGAAAAAGAACUGACCAUUGAGAAAGUGCCUCUAGAGCCGGAACCAUCUAAUCCCAACGCGUGUCAUCUUCAAAUUAAGCUCGGCGAGCGGACGAUGAAGAGAAGAUUUCUUAUGACCGAUACAGUCGUGGAUGUUUAUCAUUGGAUAUUUAGUCAACCAGAUUCUCCAGCAAGUUUUGAGAUAACAACGAGUUAUCCCAGAAGAAUCCUCUAUCCUCGCAGAGAUGUCUUAACUCUGUCGAAUGCUGGCUUAACUCACAGAGAGGUUCUUCACAUUAACGAUCUAGAUGAUUAAUUACGAUUGUUUGAUACAACAUUCUUCGAAUUUUAGUAUCAUUCCAGGAGAAAAAUGAUACUGUUGUGAGAACAUUUGUCAAAAAA